GUACAUACUACCAACGAUGGCUGCUAUAGUGGGCGCCAAGUAUGUUAGCGAAAUUGCCAUUAUGAACAGCGUUACGGUCAACCUACACCUGCUUUUGGUUCGCUUCUAUCGACCUAACAAGGAGAGAUAUAAAAUUAUGUGUGAAAAAGGAUGUUUUCCGAGCGAUCAUUAUACGUUUGUUUCCCAGUUGGAGCUGCACGGCUUCACGCGAGACGAGGCGUUGAUCGAAUUGGCUCCGAGAGAGGGCGAGGAAAUAUUGAGAACGGAAGAUAUAUUGUCGGCAAUUGAAGCGAAUAAGAAUUCUCUGGCGGUAGUGUGUCUAAGUGGAGUUCAGUACUACUCGGGUCAAUACUUUGAUAUUGCGACCAUCACUACUGCUAGUCGUAGGGCAGGAGCGUACUCUAUUUGGGAUCUAGCGCAUGCAGUGGGCAAUGUCGACUUGGCACUCCAUGAAUGGGGCGUUGAUGGUAAUACUACACUAUUGGAGUGA